AUGUAUCUGAAGAGAAAAGGCCCCAUUGCCGGACCAGCUUUCAAGAUCCCAAUUAUGGGCCCCUUCCUCCAGGCCAUCCAUCCCAAGUUUGACGAGUAUCUCGCCCAAUGGGCAAGCGGGCCCUUGAGCUGUGUCUCUGUUUUCCACAAGUAUGAUUUGAACUUCAUCCUUCACCCACAUGCUAAGAUGUCUGCCUACAGAUUCGUCGUUCUUGCAUCCGAUCGCGACAUUGCCCACAAGGUCUUCAAGUCCCCUAAGUACGUCGAGCCAUGCCUAGUGCCUGUUGCCAAAGAUAUCAUUGGUCACAAAGCGUGGGUUUUCCUCCAAGGCAAAGACCACGCAGAGUAUCGAAGAGGACUGGCUCCGCUGUUCACCAACAAGGCCAUGGCGACAUAUCUCCCUAUCCAAGAAAAGGUGCUAGCCGACUACUUUGAGAAGUUUGUUGCAGACAGCACGGCAAUUGGAGGUCGCCCCAGGGAAUUCAUGACCCUUUUCCGCGAGAUCAACUGCGCGCUUUCGUGUCGUACCUUCUUCGGCGACUACAUUUCCCAAGACGCCGUCAAGAAGAUUGCCGACGACUUCUACCUCGCGACUGCUGCACUCGAACUGGUCAACAUCCCUCUCUCGAUGUAUAUCCCCUUCUCCAAGGUCUGGCGCGGUAAGCGCGUCGCUGAUGCCGUUCACGUCGAAUUCGCCAAGUGCGCGGCGGCUUGCAAAGCCAACAUGGCGAUGGGAGCAGAGCCCAAGUGCGUCGUCGACCAUUGGGUGCUGCACAUGAUGGAGUCUGAGCGAUACCGCGAGAGGCUCGCUGCUGGUGAGACCAACGUUGAGAAGCCGCCCAACGUCAUUCGCGAGUUCACCAAUGAAGAGAUUGGCGAGACGCUCUUCACUUUCCUCUUUGCGUCCCAGGAUGCAUCGAGCAGUGCGACGACGUGGCUGUUCCAGAUUCUCGCCCAACGUCCCGAAGUACUCAAUCGUCUGCGGGAGGAGAACCUGGCUGCACGGAAUGGCGACAGGACCAAGCCUUUCGACCUUCCUAUGUUGGAGUCGCUGACAUAUACCAAUGCGGUCAUUAAGGAACUUCUCCGUCACAGGCCACCAGUCAUCUUCGUUCCUUACCUUGCGACCCAGGACUUCCCCGUCACGCCGAACUACACUGUCCCAAAGGGUGCCAUGAUCAUCCCGUCAUGCUACCCAGCCCUGCAUGAUCCAGAGGUUUACCCCAGACCGGACCACUUUGACCCCGACCGAUGGAUCACUGGAGACGCAGAGUCCAAAACCAAGAACUGGCUUGUUUUUGGCUCCGGAGCUCACGAUUGCCUUGCGCGAAGAUAUGUCCUGCUCUCCAUGGCAGGCAUGAUUGGCAAGGCUGCACUGGAACUGGACUGGGAGCAUCAUGCUACGGAGAGAUCGGAGGAGAUUAGGGUGUUCGCGACACUGUUCCCAAUGGUAAGCACCAACCAGAAUGCACCAUGA